UUCUAACGACUUCUACAUACAAUUCAAAUAUUCUGGGCUCACAAAAAUAAAUUAUUAAGCCUGGAAACAUAUUUGAACUAAACUCGAAACUCAACUACUCCCCUGCUUUUUGAGACAAGUACCUGAGGUCGUGUUGUUUUUUAAAACCAUUCAUUCAUUGAUUUUGUUGAGUGAACUGCAUGACUUCUGAGAGAAAGAAAACCCGUCUCUCAAACGAGUUAAAAUGCUGUUAUCAACAAAGACCCCCAGGGCCCUGGCGGCCAUCUUUGAGAGUCCCAGUGAUGACGAGGACUUCCUGGGUUUCGCCGUGCCAGUGCUGAGUGACAGCGAGUCAGACAGCCUAGCCUCCGAGGACUCUGGGAAGCCGGCCAUGUCUUUCAGGUCAAAGUUUGUGACCUCUGAGUUGGUUAGUCUGUUUAGCCAUUCCGACAAUGAGGGGGAGGAGUUUGAGGGCUUCAGUGAGGAAGAGGAGGAGAAGAGGGGUUCCAGAAGCAGGACGAAGGCUAUGUGCAUAGCGGAGGAGAGUGAUGAGGACACAGGGUUCUACUCCGAGGGGGAGGAGCCAGACACACACAAGAGGAAGAGUCUCUGUGUUGCCUUCAGGUUUCCCACAAAAAGACUCUCUGCCCAGAAAGGGGAGGCACCAAUCAACGCCGCCCCUCCGGAGAGGAGAACCAAUGAGAGGCUGCAUCUGAAAAGGGGUUUGUCUCAGGAGUCCAGUGGGAGGGAGACACAGGGUCAGAAACCGCCSCCCCAAAAAGGGGCGGUAGGAAAAGAGACCACGGAGGUCGAGUCGCGGGUUCUAAAUAAACGAGCCAAGAACAUCCAGGAGAACAAAGCCAUGUUGGCCAAGCUGUUUGCUGACCUGACCAACAUYUCUGAAGUCACCUCGUCUCCUACCAAGAAGAGGCGUGUGAGUGAGAAGCCGCCCCCUCGUAGACGCGGUGUGUGUGAGGGGAACGAGAGGAGGAACCCAUCGCGUGCGGCCAGACCGCCAGAGAAGUUUGGGGUGGAGGAGCGCAGUACCUCCCCUUCACGACACGACCGAUCCGUGAGGACUAUCGACGUCGGGAAACUACUGGAGGUGGACGAGCUGGGUAGAAGCAGGAAGAAGAGUAGGGCGAGCAGCGGGAAGAAGAGGAGAAUUACCCAUGUGAGAUCAGUGGAUGAAAUCACAGAGGAAGAGCUGGACAACGUGGCGCAACGCGCCAAAGACAAGAUACUGGACAAGGACCACGGCAGCACGUGUCACCAGUGCAGACAGAAAACUCUGGACACCAAGACGGUCUGUCGUAGUGGAGUGUGUAUAGGGGGCAAAGGUCAGUUCUGUGGGCCCUGUCUGAGGAACCGCUACGGAGAGGACGUACACACCGCCCUGCUAGACCCGGACUGGGAGUGUCCUCUGUGCAGAGGAAUCUGUAACUGCAGUCUGUGUCGACGAAGAGAAGGACGCUGUGCAACCGGACAGCUGGUCCAUUUGGCUCAACACAAGGGCCACAGCAACGUCCAAGAUUACCUGGAGAGCAUCCAGAAAGAUCUUAGAGCCUAGAGACAAGCAGACAGCGCCCCCGUUGGUUAGUAAUAAUCUCUCCUUUCCCCUGAAGUGUACACUCGUUCACUUCUUCCCACAAAUCUGAAAGCAUUGGAUUGGAAGAGGCAUGGGAUAAAAGAGGUUUCCACCAUAUUUCUUACACCAGUCAUUCCCCUAUAAAUCAAUAAAUGGAAGUGAACAAGUGCACACUUUGUAAGGAAGGUGAGAUAAUUAGGACGUAGUCACACUGACGCACAUUGUCCUAACAAGUGCACACUUUGUAAGGAAGGUGAGAUAAUUAGGACGUAGUCACACUGACGCACAUUGUCCUGCUUUAAUACCGCCACAGUUCAGACUAGAACCCAGGGUGUUCCUCAACCUCUGCCACAGGUCCCUCUGACACCUUAUUUAAUCACAGUCAUGUUCAGUAGGUACACAACGCUUUGAAACAGGAGGUAGUACCUGACAUUCUGCAGUAAGAACAUACUUAUGUAAGUAUGUUCUUAAGUAUUUAAGAACAUACUUAAGUUUUUAUUUGGACAGUGACGCAGAAACUUUUAAUUUCUGUCUAUCCACCAUUUUGGAUUUGAGAUCAAAUGUUUUAUGAGGCGACAGUACAGAAUGCAGGGGUU